AUGUCAAAAUUUGAGCUUCCUGAAAUCCCAGAUUUUGUCAUAUGGGACUAUGCCGUGUUCGCUGUUCUUCUAAUCAUUUCUGCUUCAAUUGGCAUCUUCUUUGCAAUUAAGGAUAGAAAAAAGGAAACUUCCAAUGAAUUUUUGGUUGGCGGAAAGCAGAUGACAUGUUGGCCCGUGGCUCUAUCGUUGACCGCUAGCUUCAUGUCUGCAGUUACAGUUUUGGGAACUCCAGCAGAAGUUGUUCGUUAUGGCGCCUACUAUCUAUAUUUCAUUAUUUCCUACACAUUUGUAAUUAUUUUGUCUGCUAACAUCUUUUUACCAGUAUUCUAUAGAUCAGGAAUUACAAGUACAUAUGAGGUAAGUCAUAGCUUUUUGAAUGUCCUUGUUUCAUAGCUAUGUGCAGGGCCUGUGAAGGUAACAGAAAGUGUCUUGAGUAUUAAUAGAUAAUAAAAUGUAAAAUGCAAACAAAUGAGAAAAGAACCCUAUAUGGGUUCAAAUCUCAAUAGAUUACUAUCAAGUUAUAAAACACUUGUUAGAGGUAAAAAUAAAUAAAUGUAUUUAAUUCAAAUCUUUUCUGUUUCUUCUUUAUAUUAAAUUGAAUUUAAAAGUUUAUUUCUUGUUGUAACUUGAUGGUAAUCUAUUGAGAUUUGAACCCAUAAAGAGUUAUUUUAGCAUCUGUUUGCAGUUACAUAAUUGGGGUUAUCCCUAUUUUGAUUACCAGUUAACCCUUUAGGCUUUGGUAUACAUUUUGUGUUCGAUUGCCCUCUUUUUGUAAAAUUUAAAAUGGAUGAUGAAUUUCAGAUUAAAAAUAAAUGUUUAAAUUAAUGGUGUGACAAACAAGAGUUCUCUUUUUAAAAUAAAAUAUAUGUUCCAAAUAUUUUCAUGCCACACGCUAGUGCAAUGUGUUAUCCAUUUCUCUAAUAAUUAAGCCACUAAGCUAUUCUAUAUACAUAAGGUAUAUGACGUACUGAUGAUAUGCAAAGGGCAUUGACUAUAAUAUUGAUACUUAUUUAUUCAUAAUUUUACAUGUUUCAAUAUGAUUAUAGUUCCAAAUCAUGUGGGUUUUUUUACAACGUUGUUUGCAUUUUACAUCGUGUUUAAAUAAAAAUUUUGCUUAUAAAAAAAAAUGUCAACCAAUAAAAAUAUCAAAUUCUUUAUGUUUUGUAUUUCCCCAGGGCUUAGUGAUUUUAAUGUUUUGUGUUCUUCUCCCUUUAAGUAUUUAGAACUACGAUUUAGUAAAAUAGUUCGCAAUGCUGCAACAGGUAUCUACAUCAUACAAACGGUAAGCUUCCCUAGGAUGGAUGUUUCAAUAUCUUGUAAAUGUUAUUGUGUUGGAAUGAUAUACAGCCCCUAGCUACAUUGAGGACAGGAGUGGAAAGCGUAAGGAAGUAGAGACAUUUCUGCCGGUCCUGGUACCAAUCUGAUUUCUCCUUCUUUUCUUAUCUUCUUCAUUUACCCAUUGACGUAUGGUGUCAUAGCCCAGCACCCUCUGUUACCAUCUGCCAUUGAAUGGUGACCUCAAGCAGAUACAUAUGUGAAAUAUGUGCCAUUGGAGGCAAGGAAUUAUCCACUACUUUCAUCUUGACCACAAUUAGGAAUCAGGACUGGUGCAGGAAUAGCAUAGUACAUAUAGUUAAUAGUAAGCAACAUUACACUGUAGAAGGAAAGAUAUUUAAUUUCAAACUGAUUGCCAUUUUAAAGAUAAUAUAAAAACAUAAUGUUUUAUACAAUAACAAUAUCCACUUAUAAUUACUACUUAUUACAGUAGCAGGUCACACAUUGUGUUUGUUAACAAAGUUUGCAAAUAUAUUUUAAGCGAAUCUCUGAUCACAAUAUGUGCUAUUCCAAACUGUUACUUAAUUGGAGUAUAUUUUGUUAUCUGUUAUAGCCGGUAUAAUCUUUUCCAUAUAUUUUGAUUCACAGAUUCUCUAUACAGGGGUGGUAAUCUAUGCUCCAGCCCUAGCACUGAAUCAAGGUAUGUUUCUAAUACAAACAUUAAAAGACUUAGUAAGUAAUUGAUUUACUUUUUUUUAACAUUGUAUAUAAAGUAUGAUAUAUAAUGAACAAAUCUUACGAGUCACCAGAAUUUGAAUUUUGUCGAAAUAAAAAAAAAAUGUUUUGCCGAGCAGAAUUUUGUCCGUUUGCUCGUUCACUUUUGGACAAAAUGGAGCCAUCAUUUUCAUUCCAGAAUUGUAUGCAGACAAAAAAAUUCUGAUCCAUGGCGCAGCAGUAUCUUGCAACCGUUUAGUAAAUAACCUCAUAAUUCGUAUUCUUGCAGGAUUGCCCUAUUUAGGAUAGUAGAUUGUUCCCUCUUGGUAUUCUUUCAGCAAUCCAACAUUUAGAUUAGGAGAUAUCUACUGAACUGUAAGGUAAAAAUUACAAAUAGCUAUUUCAGACACCUUUACUAAUACCAAGCAAAGUGUUUGGGAGGUUAAAGUCAAUUGCAUCAAAAUACAUAGGAUAAGCCUCAUGAAAAAGAAAAAGAAAACGAAAAUGUAACCAGAAACAAAUGUUAGCAAUUCAUGCUUCAGUUUCUGCCAUCACUGACACGGUCAUACAAUAGAAGAGAGUGACAGCAAUAGAAGGAGAGGAGAUUUAAAGAGGGAAGCAAACAGAACUGAGCGAAGAGGAGAGAAAGAGAGAGUAGAUGAAGAUUUAUCUGAUCUUGUGGAUGACCAGACUUACCUGUAGAAUGACUUCCCAAUGGCAGAGAUUUUAAAGGCACAUGGUGGUCACUUUUACUACUUUAAUGCAUUAGAUAGCUUGGUGCUACUUCCAAGUGCUGUUUCUAAGUGUGUAGUUGGAGAUAUUCUGGAGAUAACCUGGAGGUAAUCUGAGGUAUUCAGGAGGAUAAAUACAAAGUUAAGAUUUGUUAGAUUUAAAUUAUUCUCCUAAUUGGAAUGGCAGGCUUAGUUCAGUGUAACAAUUGCUAUGCAUUUGUUUCACGUUCCACUUUUUGGAGGUUUGGUUGUUGUCUAAUCUGUAGACAGUUCUCUAUCUUGCGGCAGGAGAUUGUAUUUUUGCAGUCUGAGAUUUGUAAAUUAUCUGGUGAACAAACUCAGACUGGAACUGCUGCAAAGCCACUGCCGCAGAGACAUGCUAGGAAAGGCAGAUGGAUUACUGUAGGAUCUGGUAGACUUAGAGUUGUGGAUAAAAGGCAUUUUGCACAGUCUGUUGCUCUUCAUAAUUCAUUUUCUGCACUUUCAGAGUGUAAUGGUGUUGUGGAGAGAGGCACUGAGGCUAGUGGUGUUGUGGAGAGAGGCACUGAGGCUAGUGGUGUUGUGGAGAGAGGCACUAAGACUAGUGGUGUUGUGGAGAGAGGCACUGAGGCUAGUGGUGUUGUGGAGAGAGGCACUGAGGCUAGUGGUGUUGUGGAGAGAGGCACUAAGACUAGUGGUGUUGUGGAGAGAGGCACUGAGGCUAGUGGUGUUGUGGAGAGAGGCACUGAGGCUAGUGGUGUUGUGGAGAGAGGCACUAAGACUAGUGGUAUUGUGGAGAGAGGCACUAGUAGUGGUGUUGUGGAGAGAGGCACUGAGGCUAGUGGUGUUGUGGAGAGAGGCACUGAGGCUAGUGGUGUUGUGGAGACCGGCUUGGAGACUAUGGUGAGGCCUAAUAGAAAGCAGUUGUUGUUGGGGGAUUCCAUUAUAAGAGGUGUGGAGAUGGACAAUGGUGGUCUUGUGAGGUGUCUUCCCAGAGCUACUGCUCACAGAGACAGGAGACGUAUCUGUAAUAUUGUUAAGCAAGCAAAGCAGGAAGGGGAAUUGGAUGUACUUGUCCAUCUAGGGACAAAUGACUUGGCUUGCAAUGAAGUUUUUAGUGUUUUUGCCAAUGAUAUACAGCAGGUUGCUUCCACACUGUCAUUCUCUGAAGUUCUGCCUGUGCAUAACACUCAGAACGACAGGCGGAUGCAUAUUAGGGACUUUAAUUUGUGGCUUGGUGAAUGGUGUCGGGAGCAAGGAUUUGGCUUUAUUUCUCAUGGUAGCUCUGUUUGGAAUGGAGAUAAGCUGUACAAAAAAGAUGGUUUGCAUCUUUCUCAAAAGGGAACAAAUGUUCUCAGUAAGCAGUUCAGAGGUUUUGCUAGGAUGUAUUUAAACUAGGAGGGGGGGGCAAAAGGGUGAUAAAACAUCAAUCCAAUUGUCCCCCAAAACAAGGACAGAAGGUGCCUGUAGCAAGUGUGUUAAAAAAUGAUAAGCUUAGAGUCAUGUCUACAAAUGCUCGCAGUUUAGGGAAUAAGAUCCAUGAACUUAUGGCAAUAAUGGCAACUGAUAGUGUAGAUUUAGUCGCUGUUACUGAGACAUGGUACAAUGAGAAAAAUGACUGGGACAUAGCAAUACCAGGGUACUCUUUAUAUAGGAAAGAUAGGGAAGGCAAGAAAGGGGAGGGGUGGCCUUGUAUGUGAAGGAUAGCAUAAAAUCUAGCCUAAUAAAAGUUAGUGAGGCAAACAGAGUCUGUUUGGGCUACGUUAGAAUUUGGUAAUCACACAGUAACUCGUGUAGGUGUGAUUUAUAGGCCCCCAGGACAAAUUGAAGAGUUAGAUAAUCUACUAGUUGAGGAAAUAGCUAAAAUGACAAUGAAGGGGGAAGUUAUCAUCAUGGGUGACUUUAAUCUUCCUGAUGUAAAUUGGAAAACAAAAUUAGCUACUUGUGCCAGGAGCACACAUAUUCUAAACUAAAAAAAAGACACUAAUUCGCCAGCACAAAUACCCAACUUGAUAUUGUGCCGGGAAAGAGCUGUACAACCCUAUAAACAUGUACUUAUGAUAAAAGAUGUGUAUCGUAAUUUAUUAAAGAUAAAAGCCUUAGUCUCCUGUCCACUAGGUACAUAGGUGUAGUAGAUAGAAAAUAUCUAUGUAAGAAGCUAAAGGUAGCAAUGGACAGAUGGAACUGGAGGUAGAUAUAGCCUGUUCUAAAUUAAAUAAAGAGAUCUAGCAAAGACUAAUAGUAGGUAUCUAGAGGGCAUAUAGACACUCCAUUCUACACUACAUAACCAUAGAUCGUCUAGAAACUAUCUUAGUAUUGACAGCUAGAUGCUACCUAAAUAGAAUCCCUAAUACCUCAGCAUAACAUAGAUCUAAUACCUACUAACACAACUAGUCCUAUGGAGGGACUAAAAAAAGUGGAAACUCAGUUAAGUGCUAACCCCUACAACCCAAGUGCAUAGUUAAAAAUAAAAUAGGAAAGAAGCCCGACGCACGUUUCAGCGUAUCAAGACGCCGUCGUCAGGGGCAAAUACAAAAGCUACCGGUCUCUCCCGCUUCUUUAAAUGUCCAAUACACAAUUGAACAUUGUUAACAGCUGGUUCGUCAAAGUGAGAAACUCACAUCUCAUUGGUCCCGAUAAAACCCGCCUCUCAGUCAUAUGUUCAUGGUCCACUGUAGCCCGACCUCCUUCCGCAUACUCUCCGUGACGUCAACACGCUACACCUAUGUACCUAGUGGAUAGGAGACUAAGGCUUUUAUCUUUAAUAAAUUACGAUACACAUCUUUUAUCAUAAGUACAUGUUUAUAGGGUUGUACAGCUCUUUCCUGGCACAAUAUCAAGCUGGGUAUUUGUGCUGGCGAAUUAGUGUCUUUUUUCUUGUUUUCUAUUAGGGUUAUCCCCUGCAUCUGUACAACCAGGUGGCACUUUUUUUGUUUUUUGAUUUCAGGGUUCUAGGAGGGAUAUGUGCCUUUCUUACCCCUAUCUGGGCUGAAAGGAGAUUCCCAACUGGACUUGGAUUGUAUUUUUAGAGACAUAUUCUAAACUCCCUACUGGGAAUGUCUCUAAAACAAGUUGUUGAGGAGCCAACUCGUAAAGAGGCCAUACUAGAUUUAGUGUUAACAAAUGGAGAUUUGGUAUCAGAUAUUACUGUAGGUGAAAGUUUAGGAUCCAGUGAUCAGUCAGUGUGGUUUAAUAUAAGAACAGUGACUGAGUCACACCACACAAAAACAAAAGUUUUAGACUUUAGAAAAACAGACUUUUCUAAAAUUAGAAUAUGGGUAGAGGAGUCAUUAUCAGACUGGAGCAAUUUAAAUGGAGUCCAAGAGAAAUGGGAUUAUUUAAAAGUUGCACUAUUGAAGGCAACAGAAAAUUGCAUUAGGCUUGUCAGUAAAAGCAAAAAAUUCAAGAAACCACUGUGGUACUCCGCAGAUGUAGCCAAAAUAGUUAAAAACAAAAAGUUAGCAUUUAGGAAUUAUAAAAAAACCCAGAGUGAGGGAGACAAAAUGAUCUAUAAGAUUAGGCAGAAAGAGGCUAAGCAAGUUAUAAGAGCUUCCAAAUCACACACAGAAGAGAAAAUAGCAGUCAGUAAAAAAGGGGGAUAAAACAUUUUUUAGAUACAUAAAUGAGAAAAGAAAAGUAAAACAAGGAUUAGUUAGAUUAAAAACAAAAGAAGGAAGGUAUGUAGAAGAGGAUAAAGGUCUAUCUGACUGCCUCAAUGAAUAUUUUUGUUCUGUAUUUACAGAUGAAAAUGAAGGAAAGGGACCUCAGUUAAGAAAAAGGAUAAAUGAGUCAUUUAUUACACGUGAGUUUACAGAGGAAGAGGUUCUAUUUCAACUGUCAAAAGUAAAGACAAAUAAGUCAAUGGGACCUGAUGGAAUACACCCAAAGCUAUUAAAAGAGCUUAGUGGUGUACUAGCAAAACCAUUAACAGAUUUAUUUAACCAAUCAUUGUUAACAGGAGUAGUCCCAGAAGAUUGGAAGUUAGCGAAUGUUGUGCCCAUUUACAAGAAAGGUAAUAGGGAGGAGUCGGGCAACUAUAGGCCAGUAAGCCUUACUUCAGUAGUGGGGAAAGUGAUGGAAACCAUGUUAAAGGAUAGGAUUGAUGAACAUCUAAAAACACAUGGAUUUCAAGAUCAGAGACAACAUGGGUUUACUUCAGGGAGAUCAUGCCAAACUAAUCUUAUUGAUUUUUUUGAUUGGGUAACUAAAAUUAUAGAUCAGGGUGGUGCAGUAGACAUUGCUUACCUAGAUUUCAGUAAGGCUUUUGACACUGUUGCACAUAGAAGGCUUAUCAAUAAACUGCAAUCUUUAAGUUUGGAUUCAAAUAUUGUUGAAUGGGUAAGGCAGUGGCUGAGUGACAGGCAACAGAGGGUUGUAGUUAAUGGAAUAUAUUCGAAGCUUGGACUUGUCACCAGUGGGGUACCUCAGGGAUCUGUACUUGGACCCAUUCUCUUUAAUAUUUUUAUUAGUGAUAUUGCAGAAGGUCUUGAUGGUAAGGUAUGUCUUUUUGCUGAUGAUACUAAGAUAUGUAACAGGGUUGAUGUUCCAGGAGGGAUAAGCCAAAUGGCAAAUGAUUUAGGUAAACUAGAAAAAUGGUCAGAACUGUGGCAACUGACAUUUAAUGUGGAUAAGUGCAAGAUAAUGCAUCUUGGACGUAAAAACCCAAGGGCAGAGUACAGAAUAUUUGAUAGAGUCCUAACCUCAACAUAUGAGGAAAGGGAUUUAGGGGUGAUUAUUUCUGAUGACUUAAAGGUAGGCAGACAAUGUAAUAGAGCAGCAGGAAAUGCUAGCAGAAUGCUUGGUUGUAUAGGGAGAGGUAUUAGCAGUAGAAAGAGGGAAGUGCUCAUGCCAUUGUACAGAACACUGGUGAGACCUCACUUGGAGUAUUGUACACAGUACUGGAGACCGUAUCUUCAGAAGGAUAUUGAUACCUUAGAGAGGGUUCAGAAAAGGGCUACUAAACUGGUUCAUGGAUUGCGGGAUAAAACUUACCAGCAGGCCCGGACUGGCCAUCGGGCACACCGGGCAAAUGCCCGGUGGGCCGGUAUCGCAGGUCCCAGGAUCUCCCCUGCCGGUCUAUGCAGGGCCGGCACUAUCCGAGCGCCGGCCCCGCUGUCUGCCACGACGGGCCGGUGGGGAGAUCAAGGAUCUCCCUGACCGGCCCACAUGCGGCCGCCGGCGGGGAGGGAGGGAGGGAGACAGCCAGCCAGGCAGGCUAGAGAGAGGACCCGGCGGAGCUCUAAUUUGCGGCUCCGCCGGGAUCCUCUCGCGAGAUCCGGCGCGUUGCCAUGGCAACGACCGGAUCUCGCGAGGAGUUCACUCACCCACGAGGACCACCAGGGAACACUGCCUCCCCGCCUCCAGUCCCAGCGUGCCGGUCCCCCCCUCCCAGGCUAAAGGUAAGAAGGGAGGGGGGGGAAUAAUACCAGUUUUUUUUUUUAUUAUUUACCCCCCCUACAUACACACAAUAACAUUUAUACAGCACUCUCACACCCAUCACACACAGCACUCUCUCACACCCAUCACACACAGCACUCUCUCACACACACAGCACUCUCUCUCACACAGCACUCUCACACCCAUCACACACAGCACUCUCUCUCACACAGCACUCUCACACCCAUCACACACAGCACUUUAACACACACAGCACUCUCUCUCACACAGCACUCUCUCUCACACAGCACUCUCACACCCAUCACACACAGCACUCUCACACACACACAGCACUCUCUCUCACACAGCACUCUCACACCCAUCACACACAGCACUUUAACACACACAGCACUCUCUCACACCCAUCACACUCACAGCACUCUCACAGAGCACUCACACACCCAUCACACUCACAGCACUCUCACAGAGCACUCACACACACACAACACUCUCACAGCACUCUCACAGAGCACUCACACACACACAACACUCUCACAGCACUCUCACACCCAUCACACACAGCACUCUCACACCCAUCACACACAGCAUUCUCUCACAGCACUCUCACACCCAUCACUCUCACAGAGCACUCACACACACACAGCACUCUCACACCCAUCUCACAUACCCAUCUCACAUACCCAUCUCACACAGCACACUCACAUCCAUCACUCACACACAGCAUUCUCACACCCAUCACUCACACACGGCAUUCUCCCAUCCAUCACUCACACACAGCAUUCUCACACCCUUCACUGACACACGGCACUCUCACACCCAUCACUCACACACGGCACUCUCACACCCAUCACACACCUCACUCUCACACACACAUACUGCACCCCUCACAUACACACAGAACCCCCCCAACACACUGCACCACAAACAUACACAAUACUUCCAAAUAUUGGAAUAUAUAUAUAUAUGUAUAUAUUGUAUAUAUGUAUACACGCACACACUACACUCUUAAAGGACCACUCUAGCCACCCAGACCACUUCAGCUUAAUGAAGUGGUCUUGGUGCCAGGUCCUUCUAGGGUUAACCCAUUGUUUUAUAAACAUAGCAGUUUCAGAGAAACUGCUAUGGUUAUCAAUGGGUUAAGCCUUCCCCCAAAGCCUCUAGCAGCUGUCUCAUUGACAGUCGCUAGAGGCGCUUGCGUGCUUUUCACUGUGAAAAUCACAGUGAGAGCACGCAAGCGUCCAUAGGAAAGCAUUAUAAAUGCUUUCCUAUGCGACCGGCUGGAUGCGCGCACAUUCAGCCGACGGGGCGGAUCGGAGGAGGAGAGCUUUUAACCCCUUUCCAGAGCCGGGCGGGGGCACCCUCAGGGCACUAUAGUGCCAGGAAAACGAGUAUGUUUUCCUGGCACUAUAGUGGUCCUUUAACAUACACACUCUGGAUCCCCUAUACACACACUAGAUUCCUUGUAAGCAAACACAUUCUACACCCCUAAACACACACACACUAUAGCCUGUAUGCACACACAUGCUAUAUCCCCAAUACACACAUUCUCUACAGCCCAUAGCCACAUAUGCAUCACAUUACACCACAAACACAACACGACUAAAACCGACCUUAUUACACAAUACCACACCACGGCCAGCUCACUCUACACACACGCAAUACCACAAGCAGGCUCCAAACACAUGCACAAUACUCUUUCCUGGCCUUUUGUCUCCUGGUAUCCAUUUAUAGACACCAGAGACAAGUUGCAAGGAAACACAGUGCAAGCAUGUUAUUAAAUUUGCUUGCACUGUGCAAAACAAAUACAGGAUUUUUUUCUCAUGCUAGAGCUCUUCAGCAGAGCUCUGCGCAUGGUCUGCCCUGGAAGAGCAUUGAACCAACAUGCUCACUUUGAGAGGAGGCGUGUCUGUCAUUGGUGACAAAACACACCUCCUCUGCCCCGCCCCCUUUUUAGUGGGCCGCUGUGUUAAAAAAAUGCCCGGGCCUAAUUUUUCUCCCAGUCCGGCCCUGCUUACCAGGAAAGGUUAAAGGAUCUUAACAUGUAUAGCUUGGAGGAAAGACGAGACAGGGGGGAUAUGAUAGAAACAUUUAAAUAUAUAAAGGGAAUCAACACAGUAAAGGAGGAGACUAUAUUUAAAAGAAGAAAAACUACCACAACAAGAGGACAUAGUCUUAAAUUAGAGGGACAAAGGUUUAAAAAUAAUAUCAGGAAGUAUUACUUUACUGAGAGGGUAGUGGAUGCAUGGAAUAGCCUUCCAGCUGAAGUGGUAGAGGUUAACACAGUAAAGGAGUUUAAGCAUGCGUGGGAUAGGCAUAAGGCUAUCCUAACUAUAAGAUAAGACUAGGGACUAAUGAAAGUAUUUCGAAAAUUGGGCAGACUAGAUGGGCCGAAUGAUUCUUAUCUGCCGUCACAUUCUAUGUUUCUAUGUUUCUAUGUUUCUAUGUUUCUAGAUUUGAGGUUUUUGUCUCGUUAUGUUGUAUUUUUGUGCAAGUUUAAUACUUUACAGAUUUUGCACAAAACAAAAUCAAUGAUUUACAGAAUGUUGAAGCUUAAUUCUGCCACGUUAGCCACGGCCUCUUAACCCAGAACAAAACUUCCUUAUUAAAUAUAUGCAAACAGUUACACCUCGGACAGUAAUGAAUGAUCUGAACUACAAAGUAACCUGCUUUAGAAGAAGAGGACACCCGGGAAGACAUAUAGAAGGAUAUCACUGCCUGUUUGCAGUUUCUCCCUGACUGGCUGCGACCAGGAUGUGAAUUAAAACUAGCUUAUUCCGUGCUGUUGGGUCUGAGUCUGUGUGUAUACCUUUGAUAAAGAAGUAUUUCUGGCAAAACCAAGGAGGCAGGCUUAUGGUUCAGCAUUCUGCAAAACAUUUAAUUUUUUGUGCAAAAACUAUAAAGAUUUGAACAUAAAAACCAAACAGAGCACAUCAAUGAGGCCAAAAUCUAUCAAAUGCAUCCAGGUUGUGUUGGUGCCUUGGUGCAAUCAGUUAUACUUUCAAGUGUGAAUGUCUUCUGAGACUUUUGAUCACAGAUUUAUUUCUUCAUACAGGUGUAGACACCAUAAAACUCAUACAUGCUGUACUUGGUGUUGUGUAAAUGGAAGAUAAAUUGUAAAAUAAUAUAAAAUGUGAUGCCCAACAAGGCUAAAGGAGUGCAAUGACCUCUAGGCAUUAUUUAAAUAGAGUUUAUGGGUCUAUUAGUUGCUGUUUGUAGUGCGCAGUUUGGUUGUAAACUGCUAAAUUAUUGGGUAAGGUUUGCCAGUUCACACAACCUAAUGUGACAGCAAGUGGGUCAUCAGAGUCCAGAAUGCCUAUUGCCUAUGUUUGUUUAGAGAAUUUAGAGUGAUAUCAGAAAAGAAAUUGUCACAUCAUUGUAAAAAAAAACAGACAAAAGUCAAACAUAGACUUCAAAACCUUAAAGAGGCAUUCAUAUCAAACCAUAUUCAAUGUCUAUACCUGGUUUAUGGUAAAUGAGGUCUCGUGUCCCUUUUUCCCAUUUUAUAACAAUUGUAUUACUUAUGCAUGUCUGAGUAUGUACAGUGUUUUCACAAACAUUACUGCAAAAAUAACUCCAUGAAUUUACUAUUUAAACUCUUUGAAACCAAUGAGGAACUUGUUUUUCCAAUUUCAUAUGUCAGGCCUUGUUGGCGUAACCAUGCCAUAACAUGCCAGGGUGGGUUAGGGAUAGGUUUUCACGGGCUCGAGAAGUGGGAACUUAGGGACAGAACAGUGUUAAAUAUUAGAACUGUUUAUCUAUAAGUAGUAUAACCAUACCAAAAAGCAAUCAAUCUUUGCUCUCUUUUAAUAAGUAUCUUACUAACGGAAACUACUUUAUUUUUACAGUUACUAAAUUUGAUCUUUGGGGUUCGGUAUUUACAACUGGUAUUGUUUGUACCUUCUACUGCACUCUGGUAUGUUAUCAAUCAAAAAUAUGACAUCAACGACAAGCAUCGGCAAAAUGCUUUUGUAGGAAUCAAAAUGCCAUAUAAUCUCGCAAAUUAUAAGAUGCUAAAAUGAGUUUUAAUAUUCUAUAUUUAUGAGUUUUCACGAGUGCAGCUAGAUUACCUUUUUAGUCAUGUGCAUGCUGUUACCUCACAAGUUGCGUGAUCUUUCCUUUCGUAGGAUAUACAGUUGAAGAAAUUAGUUUUUUUAUAAUAACAUUUUUCCAUUUUUUUUAGGGAGGAUUGAAAGCUGUUGUGUGGUCAGAUGCUUUUCAAAUGAUAGUUAUGGUCAUUGGAUUUUUGUCUGUCCUCAUUCAAGGAACAAUUAUACAUGGAGGACCUACUAAUAUCUGGGAAGCAGCAGUGAAUGGGUCACGUCUGGACAUAUUACAGUGAGUUAAUCAAAGAAUUCUAAACAUCACAUGAAUAUAUGGAUGAUACACCAAUAAAGUUCCACGUAGUCAUACGUAACUAAUUAGUGCCAUGGUAACAUGACAUUUUUUUUCUCUCAAGUAGAAUAAUUGACAGAGUAGCUUACGAAAAUGAAUUCCCCAAACUUAUCAAAACACCUUUUCACUGCAGCACGAAUUUCUAAAUCUAUGUGCAUAGUACCCAGUCAGUACCCUAGUAAUUCCUGCUCGACUUAAUAAUAUUAUUAUUAAGAUCUUCAUCUUCUUUUUUAGGUUUGAUUUAGAUCCUUUAAAACGGUAUACAUUCUGGACGGUUACAGUAGGAGGAACAUUUACCUGGCUAGGAAUCUAUGGAGUAAACCAGUCACAAGUUCAGAGAUGUAUAUCAUGCAAAUCGGAAAAACACGCAAAGCUGUAAGUUGUGGUGAAUAAUGCUUUGAUUGGUCAUCAGAAGUACAAUGUUAUUGACAGCAUGAAAACUAACCAUUCAUUUUAAUAACAAUAUUUCAAACAAUUACAUUUGUGGAAGAUUUUUUCUACUCACCACAACUAACCGAUAAUAGACGGAUUUACUUUAUACUUGUCUCUGUUUUACAAUCAACCUAGCUUUCUGCCUUCAUUACAAUAUUAUUUUUUCAGACAGCGACCUUGAAGUCGAUUCAGUGUUUAGCAAGUUCAAUGAAGACUUAGCUAUAUAAUGUUUUUCAGAGACAUUAUCCCUCUGCUAUCCUUAGGUUAUAUGGUUUCAUUUCUGCAUUGUAUAUAUUUCAUUGCUGUACUAUCCUAUAGGUAUUAUAUUGUUUACACUGUCUGUAAGUAUAUGUUUUACCCCUUCCACCUGAAGUCAGUGGAUAGUCUGAUAAUACAAUGUUAAACAAAGAUAUGCACUCCAAUCAAGCCACAAGACUUGCUUUUCCCAACAAAAUUACAAAUUUGCUGUGAUGUUACUACUGCAAAGCAUUCUGGGUGGGCAUAUGCAAAUCAGUUUCCCAAAGAAUUACAUUUUUGCCUCGUUCCAUUUUAAACAUGGAUUCCUUAGAGUUUGUGUUUGCUGUAUACAACAGCUCAUAUGAGGAAGACCCGAACGGGUCGAAACGUUGAUCAAACAACCUGUAAACCUUUGAUGGAUUAAAGACCGUUAAUAUUCUUAAAAAGACCGGAGAGUGCAUCUUUCUUCAAUAUAAUUAUAUAUAUAUAUAUAUAUAUAGAGAGAGAGAGAGUGACAGAAAAAGAGAGAGAGACCUUUUUUUGCUGGCCUACAUCUACCCCAUCCCAGCUUCCUCCUCACAUGAUGCCAAUGUUUUAAAAACCUGGUUGCUAGUUUACCGCACUCAACUUCCAUCUCAUGGGCUUCCUGACUUAGAAUAGAGUUCCUCCCCCGGUUCUCUUCUUUUAACAAUGUAUGAUUGGCCUUUAUUCGGCCAGGCUGCAUAUUCUCUGUAGUUCAGUGUAUUCAGUUUAUGUUUGUCCAUGCUAUAUAUUCACUUUGUUCCAAUACUUUCGGCCUACAUUCGUACACUACAUAUUUACUGUGUUUCAGUACAUCUGGCCUACCUUUGGCCACGUUACAUAUUCACUGUGUUUCAGUACAUUCAGCCUCCUUUUGGCCAAACUACAUAUUCAAUGUGUUUCAAUACAUUCGGCCUUUGUUUGGCCACGUUGCAUAUUCACUGUGCUUUGGUGUAUUUGGCAUAUGUUAGGCCUCUCUACAUAUUCACUGUGUAUCAGGACAUAUGACCUACCUUUGGCCACACUACAUAUUCACUGUGUUUUAGUACAUAUGUUUGACCAUGCUACAUAUUCAAUCUGUUUCAAUACAUUCGGCCAUGUUACAUAUUCACUAAGGUUCAGUGUUUUUGUCCUGUGUUCGGCCAUGUUACAUAUUCCAGAAAAAACUUACAAUACUGGAGCGCUUAAUAUACACAGUUCUACAGGGGUAAAGUAGAGUUAUUUAACAAUUGUGUAUUACACAGUAUCUCUUUAAUUGCCUGCUACCACACUUCAAAGUGAUCCCUUCACCACAUACAAAAAUAGAAAUUAUAGUGUUAAGAAGUGGAGCAAUGUUAAAGGACAAAACCCCUUUCCCACAUGCAAUCAAGUGAUAAAAAAAUAAAUUUAUACUUAUAUUGCUUGUUGCUUAAUAUCCCAAUUCAAGCUCAGCAUAUAUGGGAAAAAAUAUAUGAAAAGGAUCAUAGAACAGAUCCGCAUGGAUCAGUGAAUAUUAUUGAAUUCUAUAAACAUUGAAUUAAAUCAGCUUAAUUAGCUGGAUGAAAGUUUAUUACAGUAUUACCACAAAUUAAAAACAGAAGAUAAUAAUCAAUACAUAACAGGCUAUAAAAAGUAAUAAAAGAAUGAUAAUAAUAAAAACAUAAAAUACACCUAAAUUCACUGUUUAGUUGACAUAUGUUUAGCAGAUUACUGCUUAAUUGAUGCAACAGUGAAGCCAAACACUAUCAAAAUGUAUAGCAGGUUACUGCUUACUAGAUGUGGUGGUGAGUACAACGGUGUAAAUCCGUUUACCCACAAACAGGUUUUCCCGCACUGGGAGAUGUCUCCUGUACCAGAAGAUGGCUGAUCGUCUGUGGGGUGCCUUUUUAUUUUGUCCGGAUGGCGUCUGGUCUUGCUUCUGCUUUUUUGAAACGCCCGGCUUCUGAAUAGGCUCUGCCCCCUUAUUGACGUACUUCCGUAUCUACGCGUUUCUCCGUUCACAGACGGCUUCGUCAGGACAUGAAGUGCUUGAUUAUUCCCCCUCUCUGGGAGCUUUUAUAUACCUUGCUUUACACACAAUUAGUGCAUUUGAAUAUUGUCCACAUGUGUUUGGCAUCCUUAUCAAUAAACAUUGAUUUAUCUUAUAAAACAUUCUUUUUCCAUUUUUCAUUUCCAUUUAUAGCAAAAUAUACAUUUAGCAAAUUUUUUUAAUGCAGUACAUUCAAUAUAUAUGCAAUAAUACCAAUAAAAAAGAUUUAAAAAGUAAAAUAGUUCAACAUAAUCUAUUAAAUAGCCCUAAUCAUGUUACAUAUUCACUGUGGUUCAGUACAUUCGGCCUACGUUCGGCUACACUACAUAUUUACUUACUAUUCAUUGCACUUUCAGUACAGGCUUCACGUUUGGUCUACAUUAGGCAAUUCUACUUAUUCACAAUGGUUUUAGCAUAUUCGGCCCAUGUUCAGCCAAGUUACAUAUUCAUUAUGUUUCGAUAUGUUCGGUCUUGCUACAAACUCACCUUGUUUAUGUACUUUCAGCCUACAUUCGGCAAUGCUACAUAUUCAUGGUGCUUCAGUAGAUCUAUGUUCAUUCCGGCUACUUAGUCAUGCUACUUAUUCACCAUCAUAUCAGUAUAUUCAACACACGUUUGGACACACUACAUAUUCACUAUGGUUCAGUACAUGUGGCCUAUGUUUUUUCCCAUCUACAUACAUUCGGCCAAUCUACAUAUAUUUGACCUCCUUUCAGACACAUAACAUAUUCUGCAUUCGUUCAGCCAUGCCAUGUUUGGUUUUUGUAUAUUUAGCCUACAUUCAGCCACGUUACAUUUUCACUGUGGUUCAUUACGUUUCUUCUACGCUACAUAUUCACUGUGAUUCAGUAUAUCCAGUUUAGGUUCAGUAACACUACAUAUUCACUGUAUUUCAGAACAUUCGCCCUAUGUUCGGCCAUGCUACAUAUUCAAUUUGUAUCAAUACAUUCAGACUUCGCUCAGUCACAUUAAAUAUUCACUGUGGUUCAGUAAAUUCGGCUUAUGGUUGGCCACACUGCAUAUUUACUGUGUUUUAAAAUGUUUGGUCUACAUUCGGCCAUGCUACUGUUUCAAUACAUUCAUCUUUCAUUAAGCCACCUUACAUAUACACUUUGUUUCAGCACUACGUAUUCACUGUGUUUUAGUAACUUCAGCCUACAUUCUGCCAUGCUACAUUUGUUUCAAUCCAAUCGGCUUUCGUUUGCCCACUUUACAUAUUCACUAUGGUUCUGUGUUUUCAACCUAUGUUCUGCCAAGGUACAUAUUCACUGUGGUUGAGUACAUUUGUCCUUCUUUUGGACACUCUACAUAUUCACUAUUCAGUACAUCUGUCCUGUGUCCAGUCUAUCUACAUUUCUUUGGCCACACUACAUAUAUUUGGCCUUUGUUAAGCUACACUAAAUGUGUCCAGCCAUGCUACAUAUAUUUGGCCUUCGUUCAGCCACGCUACAUUUGGUUUCAGUAUAUUUAGCCUAUCUUCAGCCACUUUAUACGUUACAUAUUCACUGUGGUUCAGUACAUUUGGCCUAUGCUCGGCCAUGCUACAUAUUCAAUGUGUUUCAGUAAAUCCGGUUUAGGUUUGGCCACACUACAUAUUCUCUGUGUUUCAGUACAUUUGGCCUAUGUUAAACCCUGCUACAUAUUCAAUAUUUCUCAAUACAUUUGGCCACAUUACAUAUUCACUGUGGUUCAGUGUAUUCGACCUUUGUUCAGCCACACUAUAUAAUCAUUGUUAUCAGUACAUUCGGCCUAUGCUUGGCUAUGCUAAAUGUUCAAUCUGUUUCAAUACAUUCAGCUUUUAUUUGGCCAUGUUACAUAUUCACUGUGGUUUAGUGUUUUCUACCUAUGUUCAGCCACUUUAUAAUAUAUCAACUGUGGUUCAGUGUAUUUGGCCUAUGUUCCACCAAGCUUCAUUGUGUUUCACUACAUCUGGCCUACAUUCAGCCAAGCUGCAUAUUCACUGUGCUUCAGUACGCUCAGCCUAUGUUUGUAUUUAUAUACCGGGCCGUAACCCUUCCAAUCCACCAAAUAAGACAACAAACCUCUAGAUAUCCUGGAAUCCAGUAUACAACAGACCUCGAAUUCCUCCUGUCCACCCACAAACAGAGGAGGAGGAGGCAGGAAUCGCUUUGUGUACCAGUUGCAAGUAAGCGGUUUUAAUAAAGACACAUGGAACGUGUUUGAUAUCCGCAAAUGAGCAGGAAGGGCAAGCAAGUACGUCACAGGAUUAACGGACACGGAAAGGACCUAUGAAUCGAGGAGCCAGUUUCAUGGAAGGUACUUUCAACUUGAUUUGACGCGUGGAAAGCCAGAUCCUGUCCCUAACUUAAUAGACAGGAUUGGUACCACGCCGCUUGUCAGCCGGAACUUUAGUACGUCUAGAAACCGAUUGCAACGUUUCAUUUACCGAUGCCCAAGUGUCAUGGUUAGAGGCCAACCAGAUGUCUAAAGCAGGAAUGUCAAUGUCUGAAAAAUCAGAAGGCAAUACAGUGUGGUGAUAACCAUUAUUUACAAAAAAAGGACAGAAAGGAGAGGACUUGUGAGUUGCAUUAUUUCUAGUGAAUUCAGCCAUAGGUAGGAGUUCCGACCAGUUAAUCUGAUUGGUAUUGACAAAGCCACGUAAAUAAGACUCUAAAGCUUGAUUGGCUCUCUCCACCGCCCCACUGGUCUGAGAGUGAUACGAAGAGGAAAAAGAAAGCUCUAUGCCAGACUGCAGAAAGCACGCCAAAACCUGGAGAUAAAUUGGGUACCUCAGUCAGAGACCAUGCUUUUUGGUAUCCCAUGUAGCCUAAAGAUUUCACGUAAGAAUACUUGGACAAGAUCCUGGGAUGAUGGCAGGAGACUGUCACAUGUUUGUCCUCACCUAGUGGUGUCCGUGAUGAUGGCUAUCUUCCUGACACUGGUGGAGAUGCUAGUCUGCGGUCCUGUGCUGGUUCAUCUGGAUCCUGCAGGAUGCUGAAAGACUCCGGCCACUGCGGAUCCAUACCAAUUUGUAGCCCCACGUCCGCCUACGGUAUUGACAAUGUCCCGCAAGGACACACACGACGUUCUGGGGUCAUAGGCCGGGUAGGGCCAAUCAGAUUUAAAGGAGACUUAUUUAAACUCCUUCUCUCAUUGCCCUGUCGUGGUUUCCCUUAGUGGUUGUCCAAGAGUGUGUUCCUGAGCUUUUAUUUUUGGUUAUUGACUUUGGCUUCGUUUUGACUUCCCUGUAUUCUGGUAUCCUUGACUUUUGGCUUUCCCUCAUCGUUGUGUCUCAUUCUGUAUCCUCGACCUUGGCAAGUGUUCUGACUAUUCUUUGCAACGUUAAGUCCGGCCAUUCUAAGUCCCAGUAAGACCUUUAGUCCUAGGUGUGAUACAGAUCUGCAUGCUGGAUCAACUAGUAAUCCUGACAGAGACGUCUCUUUGUCGGAUAUCUCAUCUGUAUCAUACUGUCUAGAUAAUGUGUCUGUCUUAGUGUUCUUAGUGCCUGGUCUAUAAGUAAUAACAAAAUUAAAAUGUGAAAGAAAAAGUGACCAUCUAGUCUGUCUGGAAGACAAUCUCUUAGCGUUCCCAAUAUAAGCCAGAUUACUUUGAUCCGGGAAAAUCAAUCCAGCUCUAUAGCAUUCUUUAAGAGCUAGAAUAAUGACCAAUAAUUCCCUGUUACCAAUGUCGUAGUUUCUCUCAGCAGGAGAUAACUUUUUGGAAAAAAACCCACAGGGAGGCAGAGGCUUAUCAGGGUUUUCUCGUUGAGACAGGAUGGCCCCUACACCUGUUUUUGAUGCAUCAACCUCUAAAAUAAAAGGUUUGGACAGAUCUGGAUGUGCUAAAACAGGUGUUGAAACAAAUAAAGAUUUACAUUUUCAAACACCUCUAUUGCUUCCUUGGGCCAUUAGCUCCUUUUUGAGUAAGAUUGGUGAUAGGAGCUAUUACAGAGGAGAAGCCUUUGAUGAAUCUGAGAUAGUAAUUCGCAAAUCCAAUAAAGCGCUGUGUGGCUUUAAGUCCUUUGGGUAAUGGCCACUGUAAUACUGCUUCCAGUUUGCAUGGAUCCAUUUUAAAAUCAGAGGGGUAUAUAAUAUAUCCGAGGAACUGUACUUCGGUUUGAUCAAACUGGAACUGGAUGCUUGCCGUAUUGGCCAUUUUUCAGCAGGGUUUUGAGCACUGUUUUCACAUGUUCUUGAUGGGUACGAAGGUCUGGGUACGAUGAGAAUGUCAUCCAGGUACACCAACACAAACUUAUGGAGGUAGUCUCUGAAGACAUCGUUAAUUAGGUCUUGAAAUACUGCUGGAGCGUUGCACAAACUAAAUGGCAUAACUAGAUAUUCAUAAUGUCCCAUUCUGGUAUUGAACACUGUCUUCCACUCAUGCCCAUCCUUAAUUCUGACUAAAUAAUAUGUGCUCCUAAGGUCGAGUUUUGUGAACACUCUGGCACUUUUGAGCCUGUCAAAUAGUUCAUAAAUAAGUGGAAUGGGGUAAGCGUUCUUGAUAGUUAUUUUAUUGAGACCUCUGUAACUAAUGCAGGGACGUAGGUCUCCAUCUUUUUUAGAGACAAAGAAAAACCCAGCCCCAGCAGGAGAGGAGGAUCUCCGUAUGUGGCCCUUCCUCAGAGCUCAUCACAGAACUCAUCACAGAGAGGCCAAAAUCCCACCACAAGACCUGGUGGCAAACUUACCCAACAGCCCAACUCAUAGGUAGAGCCUCUCAUCUCCAGUUGGCAACUAGUUAGAUUCCCAAGUCACUAAUUUAGCUUAAUUUCCAUCACUUGGCAUAGCAUAGAUCAGCCAGUACCUAAGUGUUAUACCGUUUUCCACUAAUGAUUCUUUCUGUUUCAGGUUUGGUUAUAAAUGCUGCUACAACACAAGGAAUGAGAGAUGGGACAAGACAAGAAUAGGGGAUCAAUGAGCUUUCUAAUAAUUAGUUUCAGGUCCCGUUUUGGUAGAUGUUCCGAUAUACAAGCCUUGGGAAGAAGCAGUAUUUCAUUACAGCAGCUAGUACGGAGCACCACUCACAUUCACUAAUACUUUGUCUUACAGUCAGCAUAGUUUCAUGUUCGCUACAUUCUGCACUGGGUUAUUGUAUCAUUUUGCCCAAGUUUACCAGUCAAUAACAUCUUUAAUUCUUGAUUUUAUCUUCCUAAGAACCUGGGAAGUUUUGGCAGUAUGUACAGUUACUAUAUCAAUCAAGGUACAAGUAAGAUUAAUAAUUAGGGGGCUUCAUUAAUUUAUGUAGGUACGACUUUAGGUAGUUCUAUAUAUUUUUGCCCUCUUUUUUUUUUACAACCCCACUCAUUGGUUUAGACACACCGCAACUGAUUUGCUACUACUACUACAGCUCAAAAUGAGUUAUACGUCCUCAGCCUUUGACCUCGACCACAAAUUUAAAGGUAGUGUGCCUAGAGUUGUGGGAGAUCUUUUUUGCUGACCUAUAUCUAUCCCCUCCCAACUUCCUCCUGACAUUCUGCUGAUGUUUUGGAACCCCUUAACUCCACUUCUCUCUUUCAAUAGGUGGGUCAAAUUUUUUUUUUUUAUAUAUAUAUAUAAAACAACAUAUGGAGUAAUAUAUAUGGGGCAAUAUGGUGAUGGUGAUAAUAUGACAAUUUGUGAGAAAGAAUAGCAGAUGUUAGAAGAUCAUGAUAUUGGUGGGGGGAGCAUAUCAUAUAGAUACGAUAUAUAAGAUCUAUUGCAUAUCAUAUGAAUGUCAUAUAAAAGACUGCAGUAUAGAUAAGGAGCAUUGGAACACAUGUAAAUAUAGCCUUUCCAGAAACUUCAGUUAUUUAAGAUUUUGUAUUCCGAUUUCUCACAUUAUUAUUAUGUAACUGAUAUUUGAAUGAAUUCCUUUCCAUGAACAGAAAGGAACAAAGAUAUUUGUGUUAAUUGUAUUAUUCAUAUGCAUAGUGAGGUGGAAAUAAAAUGUUUACAUUACUUUUCAGAACCCAUGAAAGCUUAGAUUUUGGUGGCAUUUUUUUAAUUACUUAGUAUCAAAAGGGUUAAACAUCAUUCAUUUUUUAAAUUAAAUACACCUCUGUUUUUAUAUAAAUCAAGAUUUAUUGUGUAUGAUGAAAUAAAUGUUAUCCUUAUGAUAUGUAGACAUUUAAAUCAAAAUUCAAAGUUUCAUUUUGGUUACCAGUUCAUGAAAAUACAAAGUCUCUGUUAAAAAAAAAUAAAACAAAAAAAACAACAUAUUGGGGGCAAAGUUCUAAAGGUAGAGCAAUUGGCAGUCAUACUCUUUGGGAUUCCAUCAUGAUUGCUUUAACAACACAAAAUUGCUCUCUGUUAAUGAAUCAGCAUUGUCUAAGGAGUAUGGGAGAUAGCCAAGAAGAAUGUGAUACAUAUGCCACUAACAAUAUUCUGGAAUUUAAUGCUAUAGAAACAAUAAAAAGAGAUAAAGAACUGGGAAGACUCACAAAUAAAUUAAAAAGACUAGUGAAAAGAAAAGUAAAAUAAAAAAAAUACAUUUGCAAAAAUGUGUACUAAAGGUAUUUUAGAAUAUGUAGAAAUGAACAAGUUAUGUCAAAAUGAAACAUUCAAAUGUUGAGGCUAAUAAAUGAUACAAUAACCUUUUUAAGCAAACAAAACAUGUUCAAUAUAUAUCCAAUCUUAUUCUUGGUAGAAUUAGCAUCUAAUGUACAGGAACAUUUUAGGCACUGUAACUGCUUCAUCUCAUUGAAAUGUUAAAUCUGUACUGCUUCCUCAUUAGCCAAAGCAGCAAUGGGCGUUGGUACCAGCAGAUCAGACGCCAGCCUAUCACAUCGCUGGCACGAAUUGCUAUGACUAAGAAAGAGUGUAAUCUCUGCCUUAGCCAUACCUCCAGUGAGGACCUGGCCCUUGGUGGCAUUAUACACAUUUUAUUAAAUUGAAUUGGUUAUAUCAUCUAGACACCAGGGGUCUAGAUAAUAUAACCAAUUCAAUUUAAUUAAAUGUGUAUAACGCCUAGUGUCCCUAUAACCCAUAGGUGUUUCCUCAAGUCUUGGAAACAUAAUUGUGACUCUGAACAAAAUUUCUGAAUAAGUUCGAUCUCCAUGGGGAUAACUUCAAAUGUUACCUAUAGCCAUAGGGAUAACUCCUAACUAUCUUUGUACCUUGUGGAUGUAUCAGGUGGUCUUCAUCCAGAUGUCUCUUCUGAGCCAUGUUUUAAAAUUAAUAUGUAAUCCAUGAACUCAGAAGAUGUUUUCCUCACCUUCCUUUGGUUACGUACACAUUGAUUAAUACUGUACCAAAUUAUAGUUUCAGGAAGCAUAAACACUGAUUAAUGAUCAACCUCAUGUAUGUCAGCAGUGAUUUUGACAUAUGCAAGACCUUUUCAGGUUCGCUAAUUACCUUUCCACAUACUGAACUUUGGAAUCUAGCAGAGGUUUCUGUAUAUAACCAACAAGACAAUUAUAUCUAAUGGUGAAAUGUACAAAACGUGCUAGAUGCACAUAUUGAAAAGAAAGGUUACACAUUUUCUGAAAUUAAUUUGCUGUUGUAGAGGACUUCCAAGCUACUGAACAGAAUUGUUACCUAUAAAGAUAUUACUUGGCCUUGUUGAAAUCGGGGCACAGUACAAACCAUUAUUAUUCUUCUCCUCUUUGUCGAAGUACUGCAGCACUAGACAUUACAUGUAAUGACCACUACAUAGCUUGUGUUAGACACAGAAAAUAUAGAUUUUUUUUUUGAACACAGGUACCAAUUGAAACCAACCAAUUAAAAGUCACCUCUAGUACAAAUAUCAUCUGUACUAGUAAACUGGGUUAAACUAACACUGACUGGGAAAUGGAUUUCAGAAAAUGGAUUUAGCGGCAUAAAAUAAACAGGUCUGCUUUAAGGAACAGCAACAUGUGGGUUUUCCUCUCCAUAUAUGUUAUAUAAGCAGUGUAUGUGGGUUCCACACUGUCUACAUAGCAACAUGUUUCCAAUUUGUAAGCCUCCUAGAAUGGCCCUGAAAAGUCUGCAUUAUAUAACCGUUUCAAUCAAAAUGUACUUUUCUGUUAAACAUCAUUAAAACAUUAGCUGUUGAAAAAAGUGUUUAUAUAAAAUAAAAAUCUUUUACAACGUUGCAUUUGUUUUAAAAAUUGAAAUUACUCCUGUUUGCACUAGAUGCAAUCACAGCAAAAGUCACGAGUUUUUAUUAUUUUUGUUAAAGGGCUCUAUAUCUUAACCUGAUAGGACUGUGGGUAAUCACAGUGUGUGCCGUGUUUUCUGGAUUGAUAUUUUAUGUGCACUAUAAGGACUGUGAGCCUUGGACUGCUGGAUUCAUAUCAGCACCUGAUCAGGUUGGUUCUCAGUUCAACCAUAAUCAAGAAAUGUAUCCAGUGCUUCAGUUUAGUGAAUGGUUCUAAGCUCUACGUGUACAGUGCUCACAGCUGUUGAAAUCAGAGGGAGCACUGGGAUUUGCGUAGAUCUCUCUGUCAUUUAUAGAUUUCUGCAGAAACCCAGACAACAGAUCUCUAUCAUUUCCUGAAUGGACAUCCAGAUCUGUUGAUAAUAUCUGGGUUUUUCACUAACGUGAGAGGUGAAUUCAACGUGAAUUUCAAAUUGCAGGUCAAAAUAACAGAACCAGGAGAGUUUGCUAUGCUUUCCGUCCCUCUACUUUAGCCUUAAAUUUGAAAUUGAGUUAGAAUUUUUACUUUGGUAAAUAACCCUAUAUGUGUUUUCAUUCAAUUUACGACACUUGAAUUGUAACAAAUCUGAAUUAAUCCAAAACUAGCCGUGCAUUUUUGGAACUUUAUUUUUUCCCGAUUGAUAACGGGUCUAUUACAAGUGUAAUCUUCAAUCAAAGGCAACACUUAAUAAUUAUUAUUUAAAAUUGCUCAUAAAUAGCUAGAAUUAAGGAUUACAUUGUCUAUACUUGUGUUAAAAUCUCUUUAUUUGGAGAACAUCUGUGCAUUCACAAAAAGAAUAGCUACAUCACUGUAAAAAAUGUAAAAUAAAAAAAUUCUCGAAAAUGAUCUGUAAUCUUGAUAUCCUAAAAGACAAUAAUCCAUGCAGUAUAAUUAUUUUAUUGAUUGUGCUAUUGACUGAAUAAAAAAAAAAAUCAGGAACCACACAAAUAUGUGUGAUGUAGUAAGACGCUCAUUCUAGAUGGCAGUUAGAGAGAGUUUUUGAUUCCCUAUGACAGGGAUAGGAAACCUUCGGCACUGCAGAUGUUUUGGACUACACCUUCCAUGAUGCUUUGCCAGCAUUAUGGGUGUAAGAGCAUUUUGGCAGAUGUAGUCCACAGCAUCUGGAGUGCGGAAGGUUGCCAACCCCUGCCUUAUGAUAUGUUGAUGAAUAGAACCGCAUGUCAUCCUUUUAAUGAACAUUUCUAGUGGAAAUAUUUAGCAACAGGUAUGAAUUAGCCAUUUUUCUUAUCCUUCUUCAUGGGUAUAUAUUUUCUGUUUACAAUUAUUUGUUUUUCAGAUGAUGCCAUAUUUCGUUAUGGACAUCUUUAAAAACAUGCCCGGACUACCUGGUCUGUUUGUAGCCUGUGCUUUCAGUGGAACAUUAAGGUAACUCUUCCUUACAUGAAACAAUGCAACUUCUUUGGAUUGGUUCCUGGUGUGUAUCAACAUAAAAACCAAUGUAUGUACAGUCCUGUGAAAAGCCAAAAAAAUCAUAGUUUUCAGGCAAUAUUUAAGUUUUUGUCUUUAUUACACUGUACAAAAGAAAAUCAGAAAAUUCAACAUUUAAAAAUGUAGACGGGGAUAUAAUUCAGUGUUUCUAUAGCUGCAUUUUUGGAUCUUUUCUUCUCCUGUGGUUGUUCUGUACCAUACAUCUGCUUUUUGCCACCAAAUUGAUAUUUCUCCCUUGGCUGUGGGAGCAGCCAAAGGAAAUUAAGGGACAAAAUUAGAAUUUGUUCCCCAAAAAACAUUCUUCAUUUUUCGCCAGCCCUAUCUCUUAAACUGCUUGUGUACCACAAUCAUUCCCUUUAUUUUUAAUGAUUUAAUUGUUUGCCAAAGGACAGUUAAAAGGUUUGAAAAGGCCUCUUUUGGUGUAUUCCUAACCCUAUAGUGUUUAAAAUACAUGUUGGUGUAAAACUCAAUGCAGAGUGUGGAUAAUCUGAAUGUUAGUGCUUAUUGUGCAGUACUGACCCAGGAAGCACCUCUAGUGGCCAUCCGAGUGACAGUAAAAAGCCUGCCAGGACAAGCUAUACACACCAGAGGAACUACAUUAUGCUGUAGUUCGUCUGGUGACUAUAGAGUGCCUUUAAGGAGCACUACCGAACAGCCAACUGGCACAUAUCUUCUUAUCAGAGCUGAAUCAAUUCCACAACUUCCAUACUUAACUACAAGUAUUGACUUGAACCAAUAAUUGUCCGAUGGUUUUGAAUUAAGUUACUGUUUCGUAUCAGAAGACAGUUUCCUUUAAAUUAUUGUAAAGCACUGUGUGGAAUUAGUUGGCACUAUAUAAAUAUCAAUAGUAAUAAUAAUAAAAAUAAAAGAUUGAACAUAUCAAUUGGAGUGAAUUGACUUUGUAAACAUAAAAACUUCAAAUUUUGAAUGAUUCCAAACUGGUUGGUGAAAUUGUGCGGGUUAUAAUUGCCUCUAAAUAUAUAUUAGAAAUGUCUCCUCUCAAUUUCAUACAAUUUAUUACAUUUAAUCUUUAUGUUUGUUACAGCACAGUCGCUGCCAGCAUUAAUGCUCUAGCUACAGUUACAUUAGAAGACAUUGUGAAGAAUAUAUUCAAAAAUAUCAGUGAAAGAAGGAAUACCUUUAUUAGCAAAGGGCUAUGUGAGUGCUGGCUUUAAUUUUUAAUAUAUUACCGUUGAGGUUUUUGAAAUCCUUUAACUACAAGGAAGUUGGAGUAAAUUUUGAAAAUAUAAUAAUCUACUUGUAAACACCCUUAAAGCUACACUUCUCACCAUAAUCACUAUAGCUCACUUUCACGAGAGGGGUGGCAACUUGUGCCAGGGGGCAAAAACUAUUUAGUGGUCUAUAGUGCAAUUUUAGCAACCCACUAAUUAACAGUAGUGAUAGACACAGGUACACAAACAAAAUAGAUGUGUUGAUAGACAUAAGAGAUAAUUGAAUAGAACGAAUUAGAGUGUCAUGUACUUGGGCAUUUAGAUAUGAAUAGUAGUUAGGGAGCAUGAUGUCCCAACACUCACCCAUUUCAUUUUUCUAUUGAAGAUUCUAAUUCUGCCAUAGUUUUAGUUCCAUGAUAAUCUCUCCAUCCUUGUUUGUACAAACUAAUGCCAUCUACAGGCUAAAAUGUAAUUUAUCUUAAUUAUAUGUGUAAAAUAUUUGAUCUGUCAUCUAGGUUUACUGUAUGGAGUUUUGUGCACCGCGAUGGCUGUAGUUUCAUCACAGAUGGGAGGAAUUAUUCAGGUAAGGGAGGAGUUAUUUUAAGUAAUGACGAUGUCUUAUUUAAUGUCACUGAACAUCAAUACAAAAUAUGUUGAAAUAAUAAUGAUACUAAUAAUAACAAUAUGUGUGUUACAAAGAAUGUUUUGCUAUUCCCAUUUCUGUCCACAGAUGGCAAUAUUUUCUCAAUUUUAUCAUGAAUUUAUAGUAACAUAUUACAAGUCAAUUUAACAAGGUUUCUACCUAAUAAUAUUUCUAAGAAUAUUACGUAUUGUUUAAUUUGAUCAAAUGAUCUCAAUAAAACUAUUGUAAUCAUUGAGAAGAUUUUCUUUUUAAUUUUACGGUUUUACAUUAUUUCUUUCCACAGGCUGCUGCAAGUAUUCAUGGGAUGUGUGGAGGUCCCAUGUUGGGAUUAUUUACUUUGGGCAUUUUAUUCCCAUGUACAAACUGGAAGGUAAACACAUAUUUGCUUCAGAUAAAUAUUGCCUACCAAUAGAACUAUAAAGGAUGCUAUUUCUAUGCAAAGUGCUGCAUUCCAUGGUAGGUUAUACUUAAAGUAACAUUUUAACACAUCACUUCAGCUUAUUGUAAUGGCUAUGGUCCCAGGAUACUGUCUAUGUAGUCUUUCCUUUAACUAACUGACAACAGGAAGUGUCUGUUGCACUUCCAAGCACUCACUCUAGGGGGCAGCACCUGCAAACCUUCAUAUUGGUAUGAGUUGUUAUGAGAGCUGGGAAAUGUGAGUGCCACUUUCAGGGUAAAGUGUUACUUCCCAGGAUAUUUAAUAUCACAUUUAUUUAUCUCCCAUAUUUAUGUAAUAAAUAUUUAUUUCUGAGAAAAAAACAAAAUAAUAAUUGUAAAAAUCUUCAAUCUUUUUUAACCAGAAACUGCGCAUCCCCAUCUUAGCUCCCUCUUAAUAACUGUAAGCUCUGACCUUUUUAUCUAGCUGUCAGCAAAGAAGACGUGAAAUGAAACAAAGUUUGCGUUUCUCGUUCUCAGUUACAAUGUGUUCCUAGGCUGUGUCUGGACAGAACUGGAUUGUGAUGUUAUUUGCUAAAUAUUUAAGAUAAACGUAAAAGAAAAUGGCUUAUUACAUGAAAAUGGCUAAUACAAGUUCAAUGGUUCUGUUAAUGGAAAAAUUGUAAUUUGCUGUUUGUUUCACAAAUUCUGAGCGUCAUUGAGCACUAUGUUUUGUAGGGUGCUUUCGGAGGGCUCCUGAUUGGACUUAUCAUGUCUUUCUGGGUUGGAAUUGGAGCAUUCAUAUAUCCCCCACCUGCAACCAAGACUUACCCCCUUAUGUUAAGCACAGCUCAGUGUGUAUUAGCAAACAUAUCUUCUAACACUACGGACAUGGCAUCAACCUUUCGUCCCGUUACUCUGACUCCGAAUACAGCUUCAACGAAGUAAAGAUGUAAUUAUGUAUCUUCCUGUAUGAGUUCUUAUUCACAAUAUUUCAAUACCCUCUUCUAGAAGUAAUUUUAUAAUAAAAUUAUAGUGAAUUUUAAAGUUCCAUGAAAAGACACAUAUGUGGUCAUCCAAGACAUUACAUUACCAUGCCACACUGCUGGGCACAGGACAAAAUCCAAUUAACCAGAAAGAUUUUAUAUUAUUUUGAGUCUUUUACUCUUCAUAUUGGCUUCUGUAAUGGUAUUUCCAGGCAGUUUCAAAGACUAUAUAACUUCCCAUCAGUCCCUGGUUUAGAACUGAACGUGCAUUAAUAAUUAGGAUUGAUGUGAUUGAUGGUGGCAUAAUUCCGUAGUGAUUUUCCACAGGAAGUGAAACAGGUAUUUACCAACGACCAAGCUAAUCCCAUGGUUCCUUAGUUUUGGGUUCCAUUUUGAUAUUCUAAAUCAUGACAUGGUCUUAAUGGUGAUUAGAAUAUUUUAUUUAUUUUGGAUCCAUGGUGUCGUCUAAUUAUUCUGUGUUCCUUUUUUAUUUUUUUCCCAUUGAAAUAAAUAGAGCAAUGGCAACUAUCUGCAUAGUUUUAUACACGUUAAAUGUGCUUUAACAUAUAGAUUUCUCUCAUUUUCAUGUAUAUCCUGAAAAUUUAAUUUUGGUUGGGUAAUUCUUGUGAAAUCAUUUGGAGCACACACAAAAUAACACAGUACACCACGUCUGUGCCAUAAGAACGAAGAACACAAUAGUAUUUUAUGAAAGCAUGUAAAAGGCCCCAAAAGGCAAAAACCAGUAAAUUAUACAAUAAAUGAUAUUACAUAAUAUUAAAUUAAUGAAUGACAUUCAAAACUAGGGCUCCAAACAAAAAUUUACUUUCAUAUAUAUAAACUUUAAAACUAGCACAAACAAAUAUUAAAAGUCUCUCCCCACACCGAGUAACCUAUCAGUUAGUUUAUUCAUAUAUUUUCUGCUUUUAUCUUCACAGAUCUGUUCUUGAAGAAAACUUUUAUAGCAUGUCAUACCUGUACUACAGUGCUGUGGGUUUCCUGGCAAGUGUUAUUUGUGGGCUCCUGAUUAGCUUUGUAACAGGAAAGUAAAUGGUCACGUUUGUAGCAUUCAAUAAGUCUUCAUUGUUUUUACUAUCAUGAAUGUUUUCCUAUAACUCUGUGAUUAGUGAUGUCCCGAACGGUUCGCCGAACAGUUUGCUGAAUGGUUUGCUGAACGGUUCGCCGCGGACGGCGAACAUAUGACCCUGUACCUCACAGUCAGCAGACACAUUCCAGCCAAUCAGCAGCAGACCCUCCCUCCCAGACCCUCCCACCUCCUGGACAGCUCACUAAGAAUGCAUCUUCAAAAUGGAUGCUGUCCAGGAGGCGGGAGGGUCUGGGAGGGAGCGUCUGCUGCUGAUUGGCUGGAAUGUGUCUGCUGACUGUGAGGUACAGGGUCAUAUGCUUGCCGUCCGUGGCGAACCGUUCGGCGAACCGCUCGGGACAUCACUAUCUGUAAUAUUAAAAUUAGAUGUUGUUGUUUCACUAGUACAUACAUAUUUCUCAAAUUUAUAAAAUGACUCAAAAUAGUCCACUUCAUUUAUUUAGGACGUGAGCAUGGAAAGAAUAUUAAGCCAUCCAUAAUCAGACCAAUUUGUGACAUCUUCUGCUGUUGGUCGGACAAAUACAAAACCAUGUGCUGGUGUGGAGUUCAUCAUGAUAGUGAUCUCGUAAGUGUAUGUCUUAUAAUUAACCACAUAUUGAUUGUGUAUUUAAGUCCCACUGAUAAUUUUCAACAAAACAAAUAUUUGAUUUUUAAAACAUCAUAUGUGCUUGACCAGGUGUGCGAAGAUCUUUUUUUCUGCUUUACGUAUCAUAGUAUUAAAUUAUGUAAGAUGAGCACAUUCCGAUUAAACUCAUUUUGUUUUAUUACAGAAAUAAAUCUUGAGGGAAGAAAAAUACUCUUUGCAACUUUUUAAACUCUGUGUGGAUGUCUUCCAAUUCUAGCUUUCUAAAAAAAGACCUUUAUCCCCUUUAGAAUAUGAUAUCCCCCCAUAUAGUUUAAAACUCCAAGAUGUAUUGGACUUCUUUCCCUGAAGAUUAUUUUUAAUGUUAUGUAUUUAUUUAUUUAGUGUGUGUACAUUAUAUUACUAAUUGAAACGUUUAGUGAUGUAAUAACUCUCCAGGUCUAUCCGGACGUCAGAAAUCUGCAUGAAGACAUACCGUGUGAAAAGUUUCAUUGUGGCAUUUGUGUAAAAGAACACAAUGGUAUAUCUACGGGCAGUAAGCAAAAUAUGUCAGUUUGGAAAUAGGUUUCUUUAAAAAGGAUCAUUUUGGAUCUUAAAAAAACAAUCCCUGAUUAUUUGGGAUGUUCAUUCAUUUAGCAAUAUUGGUGAGGGUGUGGGAUUUUGUAGAUGUUUUGACAUAAAGAAGAGCAGUGGUAAGAGUGCGAUAUAUGGAAGGGGAAAGGAAGAUAAAGACAAAAGGAAGAAUAGAAAAGGGAGUAUAAAUAUAAAAAGAUUCAAGGGGAAGAGGUGUGAAUCUGAACACUUUUUAGGGUCCCCAAGAUAGGCAGAGAGGCUCAAAUGUCAUUUUGUGGCCACAGUGCAAAGUAGUUCAAGUAACUGUAAGAGAAACAACACAAAUGUACCAAAUGUCAUUCCGAGUCGAAUGGGAUCAGCAAAAUCGAAAAGAACCUCAAAUGGAGAAAAUAGAGGAGGAGGUAGAAAACAGUAGAGAGCAAGGAAUGCUGGGAGUAAGAUAGAAAAUAAUGAAAGUUCAGUGAUUGUGUAAUGAUCAUAAGGAAACAGCAAUUAGAAACUAGAAAUUAGUUUCUAGAAAACAGAAAUUCUAACAAUGAUGGAACGAGGUGUGUGGAAGGGAAGUAAUAAUAGCCCUAAGGGUCAUACGCCUACCAAGUGUCCCAUUUAUAGUAUUAAUAUGUCAAUAGAUAUUAUAUUCAUUGAGCAGGUCACGCAGGAGGGAAGACUUGCCCGUCAGAGCCCUGUGAUUUAUUGGCAGAAAAGAAAAAUAUACAGAAAAGACUAGAUUAAUUGCAGUCUCCAGUCUUGUAUGCACACAUUUUUGGAAUGCACCAUUAGUCAAAUCCCUCAUUUCUAAUAAUUUUUCUUCAUAUCUUGCAUUUAAAGGAUCACAAAAAUAGUCUCCAAAAUGAUCCAAAGGUGGAAGCUGUAACAGAAGAAACAAUUCAAAAUGGAUUUGAUAAUGACUCAAUCAAAAUUCCUCCACAAGGUUUUAAUCCUGACGAAAGAUCUUACACAAACCUAGAAACACAUCAAGUAUCACGCAUGUAG